UAUAUAUGUUUCUAUUGUACAUUUUCCUUUGACUUGUAGUUGUUGGAAUUCACAUUUGAAUAUAUAAUUGGAUAAUUUUAUUGGAUCUCCCUGCAUAAAGGAGGAAUAUUGAUGUUUUACAAAUUGGAGUUUUUAAGUGUCUCAGCACCAGGAACAUUUUGAGACACACUGCAGCAUUAAAAAAAAAUGGAGUCUCUCCCAAUAGGCGCCCAAAGUCUGACUUCAACCGUUUUAUACGGGCAAUCCACUAUGACAUUCGCUGCUGAUAUCCUGACUACGGACCGGCCUCACUUUAUGCGACAGAUUAUGGGUUUUAACAAUCAGACUGUAGUGGAUAAAGUACCUCCAGACAUGUUACAUUUGGUCGACCCGCAUUGGUAUCAUUUCCCACCACUGGAUCCAAUGUGGCACAAAAUCUUAGGCCUCGUGAUGAUCGUGCUGGGAUUUAUGGGAUGGUGUGGCAACGGCGUUGUGGUGUACGUGUUCCUGAUGACACCUUCGCUAAGAACGCCCAGCAAUCUUCUGGUAGUAAAUUUGGCUUUCUCGGACUUCAUCAUGAUGAUCAUUAUGUCUCCUCCUAUGGUAAUUAACUGCUACUACGAGACCUGGGUAUUAGGACCUUUGAUGUGCGACAUAUAUGCAAUGGUUGGCUCUCUAUGCGGGUGUGCCUCGAUAUGGACAAUGACUGCUGUCGCUCUGGAUCGCUAUAAUGUUAUAGUAAAGGGGAUGGCAGGAAAACCACUCACCAUUACGAGAGCGUUACUCCAAAUUUUGUUUAUCUGGAUAUUCAGUUUAAUAUGGACCAUUCUACCAAUGGUGGGAUGGAACAGGUAUGUGCCAGAAGGCAAUAUGACCGCCUGUGGUACGGACUAUCUGACCGAAGAUUGGAGUUCCAAGUCUUACAUCCUAGUAUACUCGAUAUUCGUGUACUAUAUGCCGCUCUUUAUUAUAAUCUACAGCUAUUAUUUCAUCGUUUCGACAGUAGCUGCCCAUGAGAAGGCAAUGAGAGAACAAGCGAAGAAAAUGAACGUCGCGUCCUUACGAUCCGGAGAAAAUCAAAAUAUUAGCGCGGAAGCGAAGCUGGCAAAGGUGGCUCUAAUGACUAUUUCCUUGUGGUUCAUGGCAUGGACUCCGUAUUUGGUCAUUAACUAUAUCGGUUUGUUCGGUGGUGCUAACAUCAGUCCUCUCUCCAGCAUUUGGGGAUCUCUUUUUGCGAAGGCGAACGCUAUAUAUAAUCCCAUUGUUUAUGGAAUUAGUCAUCCCAAGUAUAGAGCAGCGCUAAAAGAGAAGUUACCAUUCCUCAUAUGCGGCUCGACUGAAGAACCUGUGAAAGUCGCAGAGACAACAUCCACGACGACGACGGCGUAAUGUCGCAGGGUGAAUUCCAAACAUUGUGAUAUAAUAUAGUUCGAGUAUAUAUAAAUAUGUCCGAAACUUUUCUUUCGAUCGCUCGUGAGUAAAGAUAGAAUGGGUUAAACCGAGCGGAAAAAUUCUCUACCAUUUUACAAACAACUACGCAAACUUUCGAGUUAUUAACGAUUGAAAAUGGUCAUAUAUAUAUAUAAACUUUAAGUAAUGACUCGAAAAUUUACGUUUUAAUGGUACAGUAUUUUUUUUUUGUUCCGAGUGGUCUACAGAUAUAUGAUAGCUGUUGUACGACAGAUUCAAUAUACUGAUGUCUGUUGCUAGACAACAGUCCGCUACUAUAUACUUGUAGAUUAGGCCAGAAGAAAAAAGUCCUUCAUCAUUUUGCAAAUAACACGCAAAUUUUUCAGUUAUUA